CAGCUCUGAAGUCCAACCCCUCCCAUCUGAGACAUCUGAACCUGAGUAGAAACAACCUACAGGAUUCAGGGAUGAAGGAGCUAUGUGGUUUUUUGAAGAGUCCAGACUGUAGACUGUAGACUGGAGUCCCUGAGAAUGACCUACUGCACAUUAUCAGAAAGGAGCUGUGAUUUUCUGGGUGCAGCUCUGAAGUCCAAUCCCUCCAAUCUGAAACACCUGGACCUUGGUGGAAAUAGUAGUCGGGGCUUAGGCAGGCUUAAAAAACUGUGUGGUUUUCUUGCAAGUCCACAAUGUCAGCUGGAGACUCUGAGCUUGUGGGACUGCAAGUUGUCAGAGAUCAGCUGUGCUUCUCUGGUAUCAGCUUUGUGGUCGAACCCCUUCCAUCUUAGAGAUCUUAACCUGGCAGGAAAUGAGUUACAGGAUUCAAAUGCACAAAUGUUGUGUGCUCUUGUGAGGAGUCCUUACUGUCGACUGGAGACUCUAAGGCUCAAUGGUAGGACAAUCGAAGGUUCCAGUGAUAAAAUUGUUUCUGCACAGCCUGUUUGUCAGGCACUGUAUGGCUAUGAGGCUCGGGAAGACAAUGAAGUCUCAUUCACUAAAGAUGACAUCAUCAUCAUCAACUCUCUGACCAUCUCUAAAGGUUGGAUGACUGGGACUGUGCAGAGAACCUGCAAAUCCGGCUUCCUGCCAUCAACCUCUGUUGAAUGUGUCUCUGGUGUCAAACUGGAUUCAGACACAGAGUCUGGUUCUUCCGAGGAUGAAAUGGAGACGAUGAAGGCUCCUUCUGACGUCACUCUAGAGGGUGAAACUGAAUCUGCACAAGUCUUGUACAGGGGCAGUGAUAGGACAGCCAAAGCUCCCAGUGACAAAAUUGUUUCUACACAGCCUGUUUACCGGGCACUGUAUGACUUUGAGGCUCAAGAAGAAGAUGACGUCUCGUUCAUUAAGAAUGACAUCAUCAUCAUCAACUCUAAGCCCGUCAGUGAUGGGUGGAUGACCGGAACUGUGCAGAGAACCGGCAAAUCCGGCUUCCUGCCAUCAAACUAUGUUGAAUGUGUCUCUGGUUUCAAACUGGAUUCAAACACAGAGUCUGGUUCUUCCGAGGAUGAAAUGGAGACGAUGAAGGCUCCUUCAGACUUCACUCCAGAAGUUGAAACUGAAUCUGCACAAGUCUUGUACAGGUUCAAGUGUCCUGGUCCAGGUUCGUUCCAGUGUGCGCUGACUGGACUGGUGUUUGUUACAGCUCAUGAGGUGGAGAUACAGUACAGGACCGACCAGUGGGAUGAGAAGCUCCUCCAAUCAGCUGGAAAGACCCCGGCUGGACCGCUGUUCAACAUCAAGUGUUCUGAGGAUGCCGUCCAUCAGCUUCACUUCCCACACUGCAAAACAAAGGAAGCUCUGCUCUCUGGAGGCGUCCUGUCUGUCCUCCACACCUCUGACGAUGGGAUGAGCAUCCUUGAGCCGCUGCAGAUCACAGAAACUCAUGUGAUUGUGAAAGUUCCUCAUCUGUCUGCCUUCGGCCUUGUCUGGGAUCUCAUAACGGGGUUUUUGAACAUGAAACCGAUUAAGGGACAGGUCCUGUUGUUCCUCAGACUGCCAAACACUGAAACACAGAAGCAGAAUCUUGAUGUGUUUCUGUUGCCAAGCAACAUCCCUGUGAAGGAGGUCUGUGCACAGCAUGAAGACUCUGAAUACGUCAAGGUUCCCCCCACCUGUAAACUCAUCAGAGAUCAGAGUUACUCUGUUCACUGUCCAGUCGCCUGCAUGAUUCAACCAUCAAGGGAAGAUUUUGACCCAGACUUUGAACCAAACUACCACCCAACCUUUGAGAUCCGCCUGCCUACAAACACAAAAGAAGUGACGAUCACAGUCAGAGACCACACAGACACAGAAGUCUGGGAGCGUGAGGUUGAUCUGCCAGGUCAAAGAGGUGAAACCCCACAGAGGAAUGUCCCAGGGGUUUCCCUGGAGGACCAGGUCCCAGCGGAGGACAGGCUGCUGUCAGCUCGAACACAGUUUAUCAGCAGGGUGUCUGAACCGAAUCUGGACAAGCUUCUGGAUAAACUCCUAGAGCGCGGCGUUAUAAAUGAGGAAGAGAUGGAGUCAGCCAGGACAAAGGCCAGAGCAGAAAAAGCUCGAGAUGUGAUCGACAUGGUGCAAAGAAAGGGGACCGAAGCCAGCUCGGUUCUGAUUGCUGCUCUCCGCGAAGUGGAUUUGUUCCUUUCCAGAGUCCUGAACUUACACUGAAGCUUAACAAGAAACUGGAGCUGUGAUGAAGAGUUUCUACAACAACAGACUGAUUUCAUGACUGUAAUCUUAACUUGUGUUUUAACUGGAUUUUGACUCUGAAAGUGAUUCUCAGUGUGAUCCAACCAAAUCUGGACUGCUGUAGCUGGAUGGUGAGCAGGAAAACAGUUUUACUGAGACGAUGCAUCUGCAGACAUCAAGAUUAGCAGAGCUCAAGCAAAACCAACUUUUAUAAACAUGACGGACAUCAGUCAGAAGCUUGUCUACAUGCAGAUGCUUCAGCAUCUAACCACAAAAUAAAUCACUCUGUCUUUCUAUGACGGAGAGCACACACUCUUUCCCCUUAAAGGAAAAAAUUUCACUCAAAAAACACUUUUGUGUUAUUUUUCUAACUUCUUGGUGCCUAAAAUGAAGUCAUGAAGUUUUCUUCCAGGUUUCAGCCUGAAAUCUUUUAGCUCAAUCACACCAGAACUUUAACCAGCCACCAGUUCUCCAGCUUUUUAUGAAGAGACCUUGAGAUUGUGUGAAUAAGCAACCAUGUAAAUUUUGUUACUGUUGCUCUGGUUAGUCAAGUCAACUUGACACAUUAAAAAACAACAUGAUGAUCAAAGUGUUGUACAACUAGGAGAGAUAAAAUACAAAUAAAAAGCGUAGCAAAACAUUAACAAAACAGAUUAAAAUAAAUAAAGACAAUUAAAAAAAAAGACAAGCAUGAAACUAAUAUUCAGCAGAAAUGCCAGAACUCGGUCUGGUUUAAAAGUUAGAAAGUAAAAAGAGUCUAACCAAGAUUAGUAAAUGUCUGUGGUUGGUGAAGUCUUAAUAUGGAGGGAGGAGGACCCCUCUUAGUUUCAGCCUUGACCUCCGGGACAACACGGAGCAACUGGUCAUCAGAUCUCAACCUUGGACCUCAAAGUCCACUAUCCUGCAGGUAUUAGAUGUAUCCCUGCUGCAACACACCUGAUUCAAAUUAAAUGGUCCUCUGACAAGCUCUGCACAAGUCUGCUACUGACCCAGUACUUCGAGUCGGGUGUGAGGAAGCAGGGAAAGUGUGCAGCUUGACUCCAUCAUGCUUGUGCCAACGUCUUCUACCAGGAAUCUUGGUGUCAUGGUAGACAACCAGCUGACCUUUAAGGUUGAUGUUGCCU